CUGUGUGAGGGCAAAUCAUCCAUUAUAAAUAGAUCCAUGUUUAAAAUCAUUCGAAUCUUAUCAUUUUAACCAGUUUAUGCGUAUCUGUGCAAAGUUGGACUUAAAGCUUGUGGCCGUGGUUUGCAUACUGAGGUAAUGCAGUCAGAUCAGCAAGUAAAAAGCAGUGUGCAAUGGCAGUUAAAGCAUUAUAUCUUCUCCCAGUACUCUCCAUUGUUAUAGGGAUGUCAGAACAACUUAAAACAGUCUCCGUGAACACAAACAUUGGGAUUAUCAAUGGAUUAGUGGAAGAUGUAACAUUUCUCGGUAAAUCUUCCAAAAUUCACAAAUUUCUUGGAAUACCUUUUGCUGAACCACCGAUAGGAAAAUUGCGAUUCCAAAAUCCAGUUCCGAAAUCUCCACUCGAAGAACGUUUGGACGCCUUUAAACACAAUAACGUAUGUCUUCAAAUGCUAGGACUAUUCGAUAGCAAAAGAUUAACAUACGAUGAAGAUUGCCUGUAUCUAAAUAUCUACGCACCUGAAAGAAAACCAGAGGAUGAGUUGUUGCCAGUUAUGGUUUGGAUUUAAGGAGGUGGUUUUACUUUUGGCUUCGCUGACAUGAACGUAGGAGACCACUUGGCUAUUCAUGGAAAUGUAAUAGUGGUAACCUUCAAUUAUAGAUUGUCUGUUUGGGGGUUUCUUGCGACAGGGGACAAAAAUGCACCAGGAAAUUAUGGCUUAUGGGACCAGCAUAUGGCUAUAAAAUGGGUACAUGAUAACAUCGCCGCGUUUGGGGGAGAUACGGAAAAGGUAACGCUAUUUGGGGAGUCAGCCGGAUCGGCCAGUGUUAUGCAUCAAGCCUUAUAUCCUGGAAAUAAAGGACUUUUUCAAAGAGUUAUAGGCCAAAGCGGAAGUGUUGGUAAUUUUUGGGGAAAUAAUGGAAAGAAUUCUGAAAAUGCAAAACAUCUCGGAGCUCUGGCUGAAUGUGAAACAGAAAGCUCCGAAGCUUUAGUUUCUUGUCUACGAGAAGUGUCCGCUGAUCUGUUAGUAGAGUUCGUUAGCAAUGCAACAUAUGGAUUGAUAUCGUGUCCAUUUCCAUUUCUACCUACGGUUGAUGGCAAAUUUGUUUCUACCGACCCUAAACACAUUUUUGACAAAAACACAGAUAUCCCAAGCGAAAUCGCAGACUUCUUUUCAAGCUUGGAUAUAAUGUCAGGCGUUAAUUCGGGAGAGGGUAGCUUUGGUUUUAGUCCAUUUGCAGGAGUGACUAAUGCCGAGGAAUUUUCUCCGAACAGAACAUUCUUUGAAGAAACUUUAGUGCCCUUGAUGAUAAAAGUCUGCGUUGGAGACAACGUACCUCGAAUUGCUAUAGAUGGUGUGAUACAGGAAUAUACAAACUGGGAAAGUCCAGAUGAUGGUAACAGUGUUAGAGACGAAUUUGUGUCAAUGUGGGGCGAUGUAUCGUUUACCAGAGACUUGUACAAGACACUGGAUACGCAUUCAAAUGUGUCCACUAAUCAACGUACUUACAUGUAUAUGUUUGAUAUUGAACCUGAAUAUAAGAGUUCGUUCACGCCAGCUUCUUGGUUUAAGAAGCUUGGACAUGGGCAAGAUCUUCCUUUUACGUUUGGGUUUAAGAACCCUGAAGAGCUAGAAGAGAUGUUUCAUGCGUCACCGCGGAGAUGGGAAGAGCGUCUUUCUGUAGAUAUUAUGACGUUAUGGACAAAUUUCGCAAAAACUGGAAAUCCGAAUUUGCCAGAAGACCUCGGGCUUGACUGGAUUCCAUACACCCUGAAACAUCAACAUUAUCUGCAGAUAUCACCUGACAUGACAUCAUCAAAUGUGAAACAACGCUGGAACACGCGAAGAGCAAAUUUCUGGGCAAAUCUAUUGCCACAAAUAAUAAAAUCGGCAAGGUGUGAAGGAUCUAAAUAUGAUGAACGUCAAAAUCAAGGAACGUGCCCUAAGGACCGAAACUGUUCUCCCUAAUUCCCUCAUUAAAACGACAUCAACACAGAACAAUGGACAACACAAUAUAAGAUUGGCUACAGUGACAGUGGUAAAAUUGUGUGUAACUAUGACGACAGUUCAAAGUUACAAAAGUAGGCGGUGGAAAUUUAUACAUUUCUUUACUCACAUACUGAAAAUUGUACACAUAAUAACGUUAUUCGUUAUUUCGAUUAUAACACUUGUCAUGUCAAAAUUAUUCAUAAUGAAAAAUGAUGUCAUUAAAUUGAUUUAUAACCGCAGCUAGUGUCAAAAUUGUCAUACGAGAAAACCAAAUUAGUGCAUUUGCGACCAGCAUGGAUCCAAACCAGCCUGAGCAUCCGCGCAGUCUGGUCAGGAUCCAUGCUGUUCGCUUUCAAAGCCUAUUGCAUUUAGAGAAACCGCUAGCGAACAGUAUGGAUCCUGACCAGACUGCACGGAUGCGCAGGCUAGUCUUGAUCCAUGCUGCUCGCAAAUGCACUAUGUUGGUUUUCUCAUGAUGCGGCUAAAAGUGCCAUUAAAUUGAUAUAUAACCGCAUCUAUUGUCAAAAUUGUCGUACCAUAAUUAUAAUCGGAGGACCCUGUUUUCAAUGAUGAAAAUGUUAUAUGAUAGUGCACUCGAGUAAAUAACGGUAAAAAUGAGUAUUAUUUACAUCAUAGGUAGGUGAGUCCGUCAGGUGCAACGGUUAUACGGGGAAACGUUUAAACGUACUUGAUCAUGCUGAAUUCAAGCUCUCUUUAUGUAGUAGAUGCCAGUUUUGGGCUUUCCGAAAGCCAGGCGGAGAACGUCUUCCUUUGAUUCAGCAGAAGUCACAUAAACACAGAGACCCGAAAAACAAUUAGUAAUUAUGUAUAGAUGCAGCACAAUAAUUUGAUCUUAUCCCUUUUGGGAAUCUGCCGAAAAUAGUAAUUGCACAUUUAUGAUGAAAUGAUUUUGCUAUUUUUGUAAGUAUUGUGAAAUAUAAAUAUAAAGUUAAGAUCACUUUCA